CAUCUCCCCUCUCCAAAUCCACUGCUGCUCAGUUCCUCUUCUUCUUUUGUCUCCUCCCACCAACUAAAUCCCAACAACAUACAUAUAUUACAGACAGUUGCAGAGCAUAGAUAUAUAUAUAUAUAUAUAUAUAAUACUAGAAGAAAACAGAGGGAUAGAUUGUCUAAAAAAUGAGUCUUUCCUUGUUCUUGUCCUUCUUCUUCUUGUUGCAUCCCUUGGUGUUGGCUCAGCUUGCUGAAAAUCAAAGGAGUAUCAUGCUCAAUCUACCUCACUUGCUUAAUAUCUCAUCUUCACCGUGGGAUGUCACCAAGGAGCCAAACCCAUGUUUAUGGCAAGGAGUCACAUGCGGUGACCCCCCAAAAAACAGCUCCAUAAUCUCACUUUCUUUAUAUGGGUUUGGUCUUUCUAGUUCUGACUUUCUGAGUGAGGUGUGCAGGAUUGAUUCUUUGCGGUCUCUGAACCUGUCCAACAACAAUUUGGAAAGUAUCUCAGAUGGGUUCUUCAAUAGUUGUGGAGGGAUUGAUGGGUUGAAGGUAUUGGAUUUUAGCAGUAACAGGUUGGUUGGUCCCUUGCCUGCUUUUCGAAAUUUUGUCGGACUUGAAGUCUUGGAUUUGUCUUUUAAUAAUUUGAAUGGAGAGAUUAAUUCACAGUUGAGUCAGUUGGUUUCACUCAAAAGUUUGAAUCUUAGUGCCAAUAGAUUCAUUGGGUCUGUUCCUACUCAGCUAGGAAAACCUUCUGUUUUGGAACAACUUCAGCUGUCUAAGAAUUUGUUCCAUGGUAAAAUUCCUGUAGAAUUGCUGGCAUAUAUGAAUUUAACCCUCAUUGAUCUUAGUGAUAAUAAUCUUACUGGCUCCAUUCCUGUAGCUAUUGGUAGCCUAUCCAAGCUGCGAUUCUUGCUUCUGUCACACAAUGGAUUGACGGGAGAAAUCCCAAAAUCCAUUUCAAAUAUCAUCACCCUGCAGCGGUUUGCAGCUAAUCAGAACAAUUUUGUUGGUGAAGUUCCUGUUGGGAUUACAAGAUAUAUCAAAAUUUUAGACCUUAGCUAUAAUAACUUAUCUGGGUUGAUUCCAUCUGACCUUUUGUCACAGUCAAGCCUGCAACAUGUGGAUUUGUCUUAUAAUUUGUUAAAAGGAACAAUACCUGAAAGAAUGUCUUCCAGCUUGGUAAGGCUGAGAUUGGGAAGCAACUUUCUCAACGGCUCAAUCCCUACAACACUCACAAAACUUCAGAACUUGGCUUACUUGGAGCUGGAAAACAAUAGCUUUUCUGGGUCCAUACCUCCGGAAUUGGGUGCCUGCCAGAAUUUGUCGCUAUUGAACUUGGCUCAGAAUAACAUAACUGGGACACUGCCAGCGGAACUGGGCCAUUUAACCAAACUUCAAGUUAUGAAGCUUCAGCAAAACAAGUUGGGUGGGCAAAUCCCACCUGAGAUUACACAGUUACAGAGUCUGGGAAUACUCAACAUCAGCUGGAAUCAUCUUGGAGGUCCAAUUCCAUCUUCAAUUUCAAAUUUGAAGAAACUCACGAACAUGAACCUACAGAGCAACAAUCUUGUUGGUUUUAUCCCCGUCAGUCUUGGAGACUUGAAUCUUCUGUUAGAACUCAACCUUGGAGGAAAUAAUCUAAUUAUUCCUCCUCCUCAGGUCAUUCAAGGUAAUCUGUUGACUGCAAAUGGAAUCCAUAGAUCAAAUAUAGACUUCAACAAAGCCAUGGAAGCAGUUGCCAGCACAGAAAACAUUGUGCUAAAAACAAGGUUUUCCACCUAUUACAAGGCAAUCAUGCCGUCAGGAACAAGCUAUUUCGUCAAGAAGCUGAGCUGGAGUGACAAAUUAUUUCAACUGGGCAGCCAUGAUAAAUUCGAGCAAGAGCUACAGGUCUUGGGGAGGCUAAGUAAUUCAAAUGUCAUGAUCCCUUUGGCCUAUGUAUUGACAGUAGAUAGUGCUUAUCUGUUCUAUGAGUAUGCUGCAAAGGGUACCCUUUAUGACAUCCUUCAUGGCAGCGCAAAAGACGCUUUGGACUGGGCAAGUCGUUACAGUAUAGCAGUUGGAGUAGCUCAAGGUCUUGCUUUUCUCCAUGGAUGCACCUCUAGUCCAAUUCUCCUCCUAGAUCUUUCAAGCAAAAAUAUCAUGCUUAGGUCUUUGAAGGAGCCUCAAGUUGCAGACAUUGAGCUCUACAAGGUGAUUGAUCCUUCCAAAAGCACUGGGAGCCUUUCUACAGUUGCUGGUUCUGUUGGGUAUAUUCCUCCAGAGUAUGCUUACACAAUGAGGGUAACAAUGGCUGGGAACGUGUACAGCUUUGGAGUUAUAUUGCUGGAAUUGCUGACUGGAAAGCCUGCAGUUAGUGAGGGAACUGAAUUAGCCAAGUGGGUGUUGAGGAACUCAAUGCAGCAAAAUAAUUUGGAUCGCAUCCUCGAUUUUAAUAUCAGUAAAACAUCACUUGCUGCAAGAAACCAGAUGCUUGCGGUCUUGAAGGUUGCAGUUGCUUGUGUAAGUGCUUCACCAGAGGCAAGGCCAAAGAUGAAGAGCGUGUUGAGGAUGCUCCUAAAUGCAAGAUAAAUCCUUCUAUUGCAACACUAUUGAACUUCAGAAGUAGUUUUUCUUUGCAUAGGGUUAUAUACUGAGUUUGCUUUGAUUUGUGCUAUUAUAUAUGAUGAAUGGUAGAGGAAAAUAUCUAUGUUGUAUUUGUAUACGAGUUGUGGAAGCCUUGUAGGCCUCCUAGCUCCUGAUGUAAAUAUUGGUAAUACUCUUCUGAAUGCUUAUAUCCAUAAUAUAGUUCAUCAAAGAAAAAAAAAAUCCAUCAUAUAAUUCACAAUCAAGCAUCAUAUACAAAUUUUGGGUGCUGUACUUGAUCGUUUUGGCUCUAUGAAAUUCACUAUCAAGAUCUCGAGCUCCUGUCUAAUUCUCUUUUUGACACAAUCUUAGUUUGCUGUCUCUGACAAACAACAUUCAUGAAAAUGAUUCAUUAACUUGGUGAAAAUAGUUGGAUCAGAUUCAUUCUGCAUAUGGUUAAUGAAGGUGAAACUUGACG